AUCCCGCCUUGGGCCACAGCAGGGAGUCAAAAAGGGUCUAACAAGAUAUUCAGAUUUUGUGUCUGACACUACAUAUUUACAGAAUCAGCUGCACGGAAAGGUGGGGAGAAAUGAAAAUAUCCUUCCCUUACAAAGGAAUGGGUUGAUCCCACCAGUGGGAAGCGUUGUGAUGUCAGAGGCUUUUUCCAGAUAACAUUUGAACAUGUCAUUAGUGCCCAAAAGCUUACUUUGGAAGCGGCGUAACCUCCCCUAAGAAUCCUACAUGCAUUCCUUUUUUGCCCCCGCCUGGAUUUGUUGAGGUCUCAGGACACUCCCAAAAUAUUGCUAUUACAAAACAAAAGGGAUCCCGUGUCACCCAGCUGCCCUUUAUAAAGCUGCUGCAAAAAUUGUAGGGAGCCUAUGUGAGGAUUCACUCCAAAGAAGAGGGAGACACAGGCGAAGGGAGGAACAGAUUAACGGAUCGAGUUUCAGGUUUCAGCCACUCAGAAAGAAGAGCCAUGUGCCCGGUCACUCGCUGCAGCUUCCUGAGGUUCAUCCUGCUGGCCGCCUUUGGCUGCAAGGCAGCUACUGCUUUUCCCAACGCCUCGCCGCUACUCAACCAGAACUGGGGAAACACAGACAGACUCUUGCACCUGUACACGUCCACAGCAAGAAACAGCUUCCACCUGCAAAUCAACUCCAAUGGCCAUGUGGAUGGAAGUCCUCACCAAACCGUUUACAGUGCCCUGAUGAUCAAAUCUGAAGGUGCAGGCUAUGUGGUGAUAAAUGGCGUAAAAACUGGGCGCUUCCUCUGUAUGGAUAUUAAUGGCAAUAUCUUUGGAUCGCACUUCUUCAGUUAUGAGGACUGCACUUUCAGACAUUGGACCCUGGAAAAUGGCUAUGAUGUCUACCAGUCUCCCAAGUACAACUAUCUCGUCAGCCUAGGAAAAGCUAAGCAACCUUUAUUCCCCGGUAUGAAUCCACCACCGUACUCCCAAUUCUUGGCCAGAAGGAACGAAAUUCCUUUAGUCCAAUUCAACACACCAAAACCUAGCAGACAUACGAGAAAUGCGAGUGCCGAUCCCUGUGGCAGUAUCCUAUCAGCCGGAAACCUCUCUGACAACCCAAAGGCACAAUCAUCCACAUAUCAUGAUGUAGAUGAUUCACAUGCCGAAAAUGGAGACCCCAACGGUGCAACGUUCAGCAGGUGGUUUUCAAGCCCUAGGACUGAUAUCAAAACCUGAACCAGUUUGUAACAAUAACCUGUUUUCUGUCCUGACAAGGACAUAAUCUGAACAAUUAUUUUAAAGUAUUUGAAAAAAUGCUUUAGGACUCUGAUACAGUUCACAGUAUCAGUUUAGAAUAAGGGUUUAAGAAAUAAUUUAUAUAUAUAUUUAAAAUUCUGGAAGGUUUAGGCGUUUUUGUCUAUUUAAAAAAAACAAAACCUCGGCAACUUUUGGGGUGCCCUGGUUUUUACAUUUUGAAUUAUGGCAACUCGAGGCUAAACAGUACUGAAUCAGAAUAACCCAUGGUCUGACAAUAUAAGGCAGGUUCAUGCUGAGAACUUGUCUUGGAAGCAGCCAUAACUCACAGAAGGGAUAAUUUUGUAAUGUCCAGUAUCCCCAAGAGUUGUUGCCUGACAGGUUGAUAGAUAUAGCAUGGGGUAAGAUGGACCAAUGGUCUGAUCCUGUGUCAAAUACACCACUGUUUCCCUCCCUUCUCUCCUUCUCUACUAUGCUGCAACUUUUACUACCAAUUGUCCACUGUGUUUAACCAUCCCUUAUUAAGAGCAGAAUAGGUAAAAGGUAAAGGGACCCCUGACCAUUAGGUCCAGUUGCAGCCGACUCUG